AGCGUCUACGCAUGUGCGGAACCGAAAAAGGAAGGUAGCGAAGCCGGAGUUACUCAUAUUUUGAGUAUUUACAGUAGAAAGAAGACCCCAGGGAAAAGUACAAAAAUACAGACAAACUGCUUGUUCCACUCCAGUGAUGUCUUCCGUGUUUUGGGAGCAGUGGCCCCUGCUGGUCAGAAAUGGUACCUCUCCCCCCACCUUUGCGGACAACAAUAGCUGCUUCAGCUCCACACAGAGCACUGUUCUCAAGGGAGUCCAAUUUGGAGGAGUGCCGGUUGUGCUCUUACUUGAUUUCUCUGUCUUUCUGGUGUUGUUGGUCCUAUUCUCUAUUAUCAGGAGGAAGUUCUGGGACUAUGGACGUUUGGCAUUAGUUGCAGACCAAGAAGGGUUCACUGAGUCAACACACCGUCGUUAUGGACGCAUGUCAUCUAUUAUGUCCAGCAUGGAUGACCCUGAAUAUGAACUGGGAUGCUGCUCUUGGCUGCCUUACAUCAUCAGAAUGGAUGAGGAAAAAAUAAAAGCCAGAUGUGGCAUGGAUGCUGUUCAUUACCUGUCCUUCCAGCGUCAUCUGAUUAUCCUGCUGGUCGUCAUAACUGUCACAUCCCUUGCAAUCAUACUGCCUGUCAACCUGACCGGAGACCUGCUGGAUAAUGAUUUUGGGAAGACAACUGUUGGAAAUGUUCAGAAGGGAAACGACCUGUUAUGGCUACACACAGUGUUUGCAGUUCUGUACCUGAUACUGACGAUUGUUCUGCUGCGACGCCACACAUCUCAAAUCAAAGACAUGGGCAGAGAGACGGCUAGAAACACUUUGUUUGUGUCUUCAGUUCCUAAAACAGCCACAGAGGAAGCUAUAAAGACCCAUUUCACAGAGGCGUACCCUUCCUGUCAAGUGAGUGCUGUGACCCUGGGUUAUGACGUGGCCAAGCUCAUGCACCUUGAUAAGGAAAGGGUGCGAGCUGGAAAAAACCUGCGCUACUAUGAGCGUAUCCUAGACAACACAGGGGAACGUGAGCUGAUUAACCCCCGUUUGUGUAGUCACUUCUGUUGCUGCACCAACUUUGAGAAGGUUGAUGCCAUAGAGUACUACAAUUCGAAAGAAAAAGACCUGCUGGAAGAGGUGAGGAAGCAAGUAGAACUGGUGCCACAGCGCCCCCUGGGGAUUGCCUUUGUCACCUUACAGACCGAGGCUAUGGCCAAGUACAUUCUGAAAGACUUCAAUGCACUCGACUGUGGUGACACAAACUGCUGGUGUGGGAGGACGCCCCAACCUUCAUCCAACAGUGAAACUCUGAAAGUGAACAAGUGGAGGGUCAGCUUUGCACCCCAUCCCAAAAAUGUGUAUUGGGAGAAUCUCUCAGUGCGGGGUUUCCGCUGGUUCAUGCGCUACGUGCUGCUCAACUCCUUCCUUUUCUUUCUGCUCACUUUCCUCACGACUCCCACCAUCGUGAUCAGCACCAUAGACAAGUUCAACGUGACUAAGCCCAUCUACUAUCUCAAUAGCCCUAUCAUCAGUCAGUUCUUCCCCACUCUGCUGCUGUGGUCCUUCUCUGCGCUACUGCCCACCAUAGUCUACUAUUCUACACUAGGAGAAGCACACUGGAGCAGGUCCAGUGAGCAGCUGAGCAUGAUGCGUAAGCUUUACUUCUUCCUGCUCUUCAUGGUGCUCAUCCUCCCCUCGCUAGGACUCACCAGUCUUGCAGUGUUUUUCCGCUGGCUGUUCGAUACAGAGUUUCUGUCUGAUGGAAAACUGAGGUUUGAGUGUGUGUUCUUACCUGACCAAGGGGCGUUUUUUGUCAACUACGUGAUUGCAGCGGCCCUGGUGGGCUCUGGGAUGGAGUUGCUGCGGUUGCCAGGUUUACUGCUUUACACCAUUCGUAUGGCAUUUGCUCGCUCUGCUGCGGAAAGGAAAUAUGUCAAGCAGAACCAGGCCUAUGAGUUUGAGUAUGGAGCCAUGUAUGGCUGGACCCUGUGUGUGUUCACUGUCAUUAUGGCUUACAGCAUCAUAUGUCCUGUUAUUGUGCCUUUUGGUCUCCUGUACAUGAUGCUGAAGCAACUGGUGGACAAACACAAUCUGUACUUUGCCUACCUGCCUGCUCGCAUAGACCGCCAGGUCCACCUGGGAGCUGUCAAUCAAGCCCUGGCCGCGCCCAUCAUCUGCCUAAUAUGGCUGUAUUUCUUUUCUGUCCUCAGAACAGGCUUCUUGACGUCCACGUCUUUAUUUACACUGGUGGUCCUGUGUGUCACUGUCCUCAUCUGUGUCAGCUACACCUGCUUUGGCCAUUUCAAGUACCUUAGUCCACACAACUAUGAGGUGAAAGAGGAGGAUGAGGAUGCAGCAAAGGGAGUGGAAGAAAACACCAUGGUCUAUCUUCCCAGAGUGCUUAAUCCCAAAUCACCUGCCAGCACCACACAGGGGUCUAAACCUCAGCUGUCCUACGGCUCUACGGAGGGCAGCCCGGUCUACAGCCCAGUGGAGGAAACCUCGUCAGAUGACUGAAUGUAUUUCAACACUGAGUCAGAACUUUGGAGACAGGAUCCCCAUGACUCCUAAUCGUAAAUCUGCUUCCUUCACAAUGAUUUCAGCGUUGUAGUCCAAGCUUGAAUUCACUUUCAUCCUACUGCUCAAUCAGACACAGUCUGUCCAGUUGAGAGAAAAUGUCCAGAUGGUACAAGAGGAACAAGUGCAACAGAUUCCAAAGACCAGCACUUGUCCAACUUCUAUACCUUUUGUUUUUGGAAAUGUGGACAGUGUUGAAGUUGAUAUUUGGAUCAUUAUUUGCACUUGAUUAGUAUAGCACACAUAUUCAUCAUAAACCUGCUUAAUUCUCUAUUUCAUUCUUAAAGCACAGUUACUUGUCAUAUUUUUCUGUAUGAGGCCUCUCUGAUAAGGACCAUUCACCAAGGAAUGUUAAGCCAAAACCUGCCAUUUCAAACAAGCCAUAAUGGUGAGAUUUGUUUCUCACGCAUGCCAAAGCUAAUUAUGAAAGUAUUACCAGAACAGCACGAUCUGAUAUCCCUGUGUUGGUGUUGUUCCUAAGACAUCAUAAUCAUGUUGCUCCCGGAAAAUCAUGGCAACCAACCAAUCAUGAUGUUGGGAAGUCAUAGCUUUGAGACUGGGGAAAAAAAUUGAUAAAUGGAGAAUAACAUGGGACAAAUUAGCCUUUCAAACACAUGGUUGUGAAAGAGUGUAUUAUAACCCAAACCAUGUCUUUUCCCAAAUCUAGCCGAGUAGUUUGGCUGCCUAAACCCAACCAAACUGCAACAGAAAACUGAAAAUUAAAUAAAAAAAUGAGAAGAAGAAGUAAACAAUAAGUCAAGAAUAAGUGCCACACAGGACAAGUUCUGUGCUUGGUCCAUUCAUCCACCAUGACCUGCUUCCUAUGUGGACUUUGUUGCCUUUUCCUCAGUUGCAAUGGCUGUCCUGGAGCAACAUUAAUGAUGAACAUUAUGAAUUAGGAACAACACCAGCAUGGUGAUAUCAGAUUAAUCUACCAGAACAAGAUAAUCAUCACUGAUGCCAAAGAGAUGGACAAGCACAGCUCGCUGUUUUUUGUCCACUUUAGAUUUCUUCACAGUGCCUUUUUUGAUGCCAGAGGACAAAACCUGCCAAGGGAAUUACCUAUUGCCUAAUGUUAAAUAAUGCAAUUUUUGUAUCAAGAGAGGCCUGUCUUGUGUUUACUUCAAAGAGCUUAAUGUUUUACUUUUGUAACAACAAGAAAAAACUGAUAAGACUGCAAACUUUCAGUUUUGCAGGAAUUUUGCUACUUUUUUUUAUUUUACUGUAAUUUUAGGUCAAGGUUUAUUUGUGUUUAAUGUACUUUAAUACUUAAACAUGCUUUUUUAAAAUGUCCAUUUUAACAAGGACCUAAACCCUUAAGGCAGCCUUGUAUCUGUUCAGGGGAUGGUAAAGCAUGUUGAAGUUAAACAUGAAAUGUCUGCAGAUUGCACAUGUUCAGAAUGUCCUCGUGUUUUCUUUGUAUUUGGUGAUAUAAAUUUCAAUAUUAAACAAUCUAACAUGCCAUUUUAAAGAACAAACAGCAGCAACAGUAAGGUGUGUGUGUUGUCAUUGGGGGGCACUGUUGAGCUGCAGUGGGGCCGCCUUACCUCUUUAAUAUUCAUACAGCAGUGACAAAGGACAAAUGCAAAGUGCUGCAUUGAGGAUUUCUAACUUAUUCUGACAAUGGUAUGAGCCAGUUUACUGAGUGACAGUUUCAGUAGCUCCACCUCCUCACCUGAUCUUUCACUAUUGUCUCCCCUUCUGUUCCUUUUCCUGUUGCUUUCUCUCUUCCCUGCCCUUUUCCCCUUUCUCACCACGGUACCUGCCUCAGAUGAGAAAGACCUC